AUGGCUGAUCAAAUUUCCUCAACGGAGACCGUGGAUGGCCUUGUGCCAGAUGUCAACCAACAGAUUCAAAAAUUGUCCUCAGAAUUAAAAAGAAUAUCUCUACAACUGCAUGAAUUACAAAAACCACACGAAAGUCGACGUGAUAAUUUUACGCGACACAGAAACCGUGGUUCGAGAUCAACAUCUCGCCAUAAAUACCAACAACGCCGAGAUCAUUACCAACAUGCCAAUUGCUGGUACCACGAAAAUUUUGGCGCGCACGCGAAGAAAUGCCGACCACCAUGUUCGUAUGGAAAACAAACAAGCGGGAAACGGACUCGCUGGCAUCCAGUAGAGACGUUGGAUGCCAGAUAUUUAAAAACUAAUCGUCUCUUUUUUAUCCACGACAGAGCGAGCGGUUUAAAAUUUUUAAUUGACACCGGUGCCCAAAUAAGUGUCCUGCUUUUCAAAAAUUGCAGCAAACAGACUCUGUUCAAGCAUACAUCUUUCAAAUUACAGGCCUCUAAUGGCACUCCGAUCACCACUUACGGCGAGCGAACCCUAACGCUAGACAUCGGCCUGAGACGAGAAUUUACGUGGACUUUUACUAUCGCGGAUGUUGCAAUGCCGAUUAUAGGAGCGGAUUUCCUAAACCAUUACAAAUUAUCGGUUGAGUUAGCGUCACAAACUUUAACUGACACUAGCACUAAUCUACAACGUUGUGGUUUCAUUUCCAAGUAUUCGACAAUCGGUCUGGCGACUGUUAUACCUACAGCCAAUGGCUACGAUGAGAUAAUAAUACGUCAGUACCAAUCGCUACUGUCACCGUCAACACAUAAUGAACCUGUGAAACACCACGCCACUCAUAGUAUUAAGACCACAGGACCUCUAGUUCAUUCUCAACCUCGCAGACUCCAUCCGAGUAAACUAAAAAUAGCUCGCGACGAAUUUGACAACAUGCUCAAACUUGGUGUAAUCCGUCCUUCAGUCAGUUCUUAUGCCAGCCCUCUACAUAUGGUUGUUAAAGCUGACUCAGCUAGUUGGCGUCCGUGCGGCGACUACAGGUUACUAAACGCGCAGACCGUUCCGGACAAAUACCCAAUCCCGCAUUUUGCCCUUUCGCUGGAAGGUGCUAAAGUAUUCACCAAACUCGAUCUUAAAAAGGCAUAUUAA